UAGUUGGGCUGCGAUAACUUUUUCUUCUUCACCAACUUAUUAGGCUUGCUAAAACACGACCUCUUUUUUUCCUUUUCCUUUUCUUUUUUCCUUAAACCUAUUUCUUUAUAUCCUUAAAACAAACUUCUUUCCUUUUUUUUUUUUGCAUACACCGCUUUUCCCCUCCAUCAUCAUCACCGCCACCAUCCAUUAUGCCCAAUAGCCACCUAUCCACAUACACGUCUAUGAUGCGCGUCACCUCCACAGGUCGACCUUAUGUUAGAGUUAGUAGUUGUCAUAGCAAUCAUCGCCUAGCAACUGAUGGACAAAGAAAAUUAGUAGAUGGAGACAGGAAAUAUUGACAGCUUUGUCUAUGCAGGAUUUGUUCGAUCUCUUUUCAGCCUUACUAAUACAGAUGCCUCUCACCGAACACCGCUCUUUCUUUCGCACCUACCCCGGCACGUUCACAACCGAAGAAGCAAUAAAGUCGCUCGCAGACCUGAAAUUCACUCAUGUCGUUCGAACCCCUGAUCCAGCAGAUCCCUCGCGACAGAUUUCCACGCGCACCACAACCACCUUCAGCAUGACACCAACCAUGGCAAAGACGCUAGGCACACACGUCCUUAACGCACGACUAGCAGAAGAUGCAACGAAUCCACAGAAUCGCACAAUGAAAGACAAGGGCAUAUGGCGACCAACACCAAAAGCCAAAUAUAUGAUUCAGCAAUUCUCCAAACGAGCGCAUGUCUCUGUCAGUCAUAUGCAGGACUCUUUAACGCGAAUAGAUACGUUCAAGAUCUUCACGUUUGAACGGUUAAACAACGACGAUAGGUUGGCGUUCAACCGGACUAAUAUGACGAACUGCUUUCGGACAAUGAUGGCGUGGCUACCGACAGAAAAGCUAUUAGCGGAUGAUGUGGGCGGUGUCAAGGAGCGGAAUCUGGGUGACUUCCGGUUCUCGUUCUACGGAUAUCAGUGUUUUGAGUGGAUUUCCGAGUACACGACUGCAGUGACGCCGCAAGAGGCCGAAAUAGCGGCUUCAGAGUUUGUACUGUACGGAUGGAUCGAGCAAAUCCUUGACAAGGCUGACAGAGUCAAUUAUAUCAAAGAAGACAGCACGACGAGUUUCAAAAUGACGAGGAGCACGCUUUACUAUGUGACACAGCGAGGGCAAAAGGUGCUUGGAUGGGAAAAAGUGGAUGACCAAGCAAGUUCCGUCGAGUCCACCAGCGACCAAUCUAACGGUGAUAAGACAGAACUGGUACAGAAACAACAGAAACACGCCAAUCGAUUGCUUGCUACAGAGGAGAAUGUCGUCAUCAUGGGUGUUCCUCAGGCCACCAUUAACGAACGCAAGCAACAGCCACAAUCGAUCAGUAAAGGAACUGCUGGAAAGGAGCUAAUCAUUGAGUCGGAAGGCAGCAAAAAGUAUGAUUUUGGAUUUACGAAACAGCAACUGCAGCAGCAACUACAAAAGCAACAACACGAUGCGGCAUCUUUACCGGACGAUCAAUCCAGCGUCAAGAGCUCAGAAGAAGAACUCGACGAGAUAACUCAAAAGUUACUCAAGCUGCGGUCGACGGGUGGUGGCAGUAGCAGCAUUGAAGGAAGAUCUGUAAGGCGUUCAGAAACGUCGUCUUCGUCGUCGUCUUCACAAGAUAGUGGGUUGGAUGUAGGCGACGAUAGUGUGCAAAGCAGCGACAAUGUGCCAAUAUCCAGCAACAAUCUACCCAAGGACUCGCAAUGGAUGCGACUAAAACAGAUUCUUGAGGAACCCUUACUACGCAUGUACUUUCGCAACUUUAUGAAAAACAGCUACUGCGAUGAGAACAUUGACUUUUGGGUUGAAUACCUCGCACUACGGAAGCUGCGCCGCGACAGCGCUAACCAGAAAGACGUCUUGUCCGCUUCAUACAAAAUCUACGAGAAAUUUCUCGGUCCGAAUGCUGCUUCGGAGGUCAACAUUGACCAUGCCCUACGCCAAGAAAUCACCCAGUUGGUUACCUCGACCUUCUCAGUUGCUGCCGGUGCGACCAGAGAUCUCCCCUUCUCAUCUGGCACCAUCCAGGUUGUUACUGCCCAAAGGACCGUUGUGGUGCAUGGACCCAGUGGUGAUACACUCAAUGAACUUAUCGCGCUGUACGACCGCGUUAAUGACCACGUCUGCCGUAUCAUGGCGCAAGAUUCUGUUCCGCGUUUUACACGUACCGAGCAGUAUCGUAGAUUGAUUGCCAACCGCGAUUCAAAUCGAGCCGACUAAAGCAAACCAAGCAAACAAACAAACAAAAAACAUAUAACAUUUACACUCAAUAUAUAGCAUAUAUACCUCCAGUUCCUUUUUCUCAUAGUAGUACCCACAUUUCAUAUAGGUUCGCUCACU